GUUAUAAGUAUGCUUCUGCAAUUAUGCGUAUAGCCUGAGCCCAAAAUGGUUUUAACAUUGCCGUCUGCUGCGGCAGUUGGUGUUGACCUGUUACGCUCAAUCUUGGAAGACCCUAACGUGCAGCAAGCUAACUCUGACUUCGUCGCGAGGAUCGGCGAAAGCCCUGUCCCGGCAACAUGUCGCGCGGCCUGUGCGUUAAUGGGGGAAGAGGCCCUGGUGGAUUUCAGCGACGACGAGUGGCACGUGGGCAGCACGGAUGCCACGACAUGCCUGAUCGCCGUCCUGGUGUGUCGCACGAGCCGCAAGGCCUGGGCCGCGCACUACAACAGCCACCUGGCGCGCGUCGACACCAGCAUCACGCAGCUGCUGCCGCGCCACAUGCAGCACCCGGAAGUGUGGCUGGUCGGCUCCUUCCUCGAGCCCACCGGCGAGAGCGCUGCCACGCUGCAGGCCGUGUUGCAGCUGCUUCACGCCUGCAGGCUGCCCUGUGUGGUGCGGCUGGCCUGCGUGGCGGGUGCCAACACGGACGGCGCGGGUGCGCCGCGAGCCCUGCACCUGGCGGUUGGCUGCUCGCCGGGUGACGCUGGGGUGACCGUGUGCUGUGACGCCAGCCCAGCAGGCUUUGCCGACCGUGGCCCCGAGCUACCGCGGCGCUUCGCACAUGACCACAUGGCGGAAUCGCGCGGCGAUGU